GCCCCCUCCUGCGUGACCACGUCCAGGCCCCACCGAGUCUGACACGCCCAGCGCUCCGCGGCGCCCACCCCCGGCACAGAGCGCUCGCCCGCCCGGCCUCCGGUUGUCGCCAGCUCUCGGGCCCGCCCCCGAAGACGUGGAGCGGUGCGGCAGCCGCAGGUUUGUCAAAGAUGAAAGUGACCUUAUCAGCUUUGGAUACUUCUGAAAGUUCUUUCACGCCUUUGGUGGUCAUAGAAUUUGCUCAGGAUGUCAAAGAAGAAACCAAAGAAUGGCUGAAAAACAGAAUUAUAGCUCCAAAAAAACAUGGAGGUGCUCAGUUGUUAUUUAGACCAUUGUUAAAUAAAUAUGAGCAAGAAACACUAGAAAAUAAGAACUUAUAUCUUGUUGGUGCCUCCAAGAUUAGAAUGUUACUGGGGGCAGAAGCAGUGGGAUUGGUGAAAGAGUGCAAUGAUAACACCAUGAGAGCCUUCACAUACAGAACCAGACAGAACUUCAAAGGUUUUGAUGAUAAUAAUGAUGAUUUCCUGACAAUGGCAGAAUGUCAAUUCAUUAUCAAACAUGAACUUGAAAAUCUUAGAGCUAAAGAUGAAAAAAUGAUCCCUGGCUACCCCCAGGCAAAGUUGUAUCCAGGAAAAUCAUUAUUGAGAAGAUUGCUCACGUCUGGCAUCGUGAUUCAGGUGUUUCCACUGCAUGACAAUGAAGCCCUGAAGAAGCUUGAGGACACCUGGUAUACACGGUUUGCUUUAAAGUAUCAGCCCAUAGACAGUAUUCGUGGCUACUUUGGGGAAACAAUUGCUCUGUACUUUGGAUUUUUGGAAUAUUUCACUUUCGCAUUAAUCCCCAUGGCUGUCAUUGGGUUACCUUACUACUUGUUUGUGUGGGAAGACUAUGACAAGUACGUGAUCUUUGCCUCAUUCAACCUGAUCUGGUCCACGGUGAUUCUGGAAGUGUGGAAGCGUGGCUGUGCCAACAUGACCUACAGGUGGGGAACACUGCUCAUGAAGAGAAAGUUUGAGGAGCCCCGGCCGGGAUUUCAUGGUGUCUUGGGUAUCAAUUCCAUCACUGGGAAGGAGGAGCCUCUGUACCCCAGCUACAAGAGACAGAUGCGCAUUUACCUGGUCUCUCUGCCAUUUGUGUGCCUCUGCCUCUAUUUCUCACUGUAUGUCAUGAUGAUUUACUUCGACUUAGAGGUUUGGGCCUUGGGUCUCCAUGAGAACAGUGGGUCUGAGUGGACCAGUGUCCUGUUGUAUGUGCCCAGCAUCAUCUAUGCCAUUGUGAUUGAGAUCAUGAAUCGUCUGUAUCGAUAUGCUGCCGAGUUUUUAACUUCAUGGGAGAAUCACAGACUGGAAUCUGCCUAUCAGAAUCAUCUAAUUCUGAAAGUUUUAGUGUUCAACUUUCUCAAUUGCUUUGCCUCACUCUUCUACAUUGCCUUUGUCUUGAAGGAUAUGAAGCUUUUGCGCCAGAGCUUGGCCACUCUCCUGAUUACCUCCCAGAUCCUCAACCAAAUUGUGGAAUCUCUACUUCCUUAUUGGCUCCAAAGGAAGCAUGGUGUGCGGGUGAAGAGGAAGGUGCAGGCUUUAAAGGUAGACAUUGAUGCUACAUUAUAUGAGCAAGUCAUUCUGGAAAAAGAAAUGGGAACUUAUUUGGGCACCUUUGAUGAUUACUUGGAGUUAUUCCUGCAGUUUGGUUAUGUGAGCCUUUUCUCCUGUGUUUACCCAUUAGCAGCUGCCUUUGCUGUGUUAAAUAACUUUACUGAAGUCAAUUCAGAUGCCUUAAAAAUGUGCAGGGUCUUCAAACGUCCAUUCUCGGAACCUUCAGCCAGUAUUGGUGUGUGGCAGUUGGCUUUUGAAACAAUGAGUGUUAUAUCUGUGGUCACGAACUGUGCUCUGAUUGGAAUGUCACCACAAGUGAAUGCCAUCUUUCCAGAGUCAAAAGCCGACCUCAUUUUGAUUGUAGUAGUGGUGGAGGAAUCCGUGUUCAUGAUAGAUGCUAUAUGUGGAAUAUGCAUUUUGGAGAAUGAUUUUAGACAGCAGUGAGUGGGAGAGAAAAGAGAAUGGCCCUGACAGAUACAAGGAAUUGGUUCAUGCAGUUAUGGAAGCUAAGCCCCAACCCAGGAUCCACUUGGCAAGCCAGAGACCCAGGAGAGCCAAUGGUGUCAUUCCAUGCCUAGUCUGAAGGCCUGAGAACCAGGAGAGCCCAUGAGGUGAGUGCUGGCGUACCCAAAGGCAGGAGAAGACAGGUCAAGAGAAUUCUUUCUUACCCAGCCUUUUAUUCUAUUCAGGCCUUCAGUAGAUUGGAUGAGGCCCAUCCACUUUGAGGGAGGUAUCUGCUUUAUUCAUCUGUGGAUUCAAAUAUUAAUUUUAUCCAGAAACACCCUUAUAGACACAGCCAGAAAUAAUGUUUAAUCAAUUAUCCUGGCGCCCAUGGCCCAGUCAGGUUGACAUAUAAAAUUAACCAUCACAUUUAUAGAUCUUCUUAAAAAAUGAAUGAAACUUUGGAUUUUGUUGAUUUUCUGUACUGUUUUACUAUUCUCUAUUUAUUUGCUUUCUGCUCCAUUCCUUAUUGUUUCUUUUCUUUUAUUUGCUUUUGGUUUUCUAGUUCCUGAAGAUGGAAGCUGAGAUAAAAUUUCCUGCUACAUAGUGUUUUAGUGCAUCUCACAUAUUCUGGCAAGUGUUUUCAUUUUUGCUUAGUGCAAAAUACUUUCUCAUUCUUAAUUUCUUCUUUGACCCAUGUGUUAUUUAGAAGUAUGUAAGUUUCCAGAUAAUUGGGAUUUUCCAAAGAUCUUUUUGCUACUGAUUUCUAAUUUAAUUACAUUGUAAUCAGAGAAAACAUUUUGCUGAGUUAAGUCUCAGACAAAAUUAUUUAAAUUUAUUUUUAAAUAAAUUAAAAAAUUUAUUGAGACUUAUUUAAUAUCCAAUAAUAUGAUCUGUCUUGGCAAAUGUUCAUGUGCAUCUGAAAAGAAUGUGUAUUCUGGUAUUGUUGAGUAGAAUGUUCCAUAAAUGACAAUUAGGUCAAGGUGGCUGAUAGUUUUGUUCAAACUUUCUGUAUCCUUACUGAUUUUUUUUGUCUACUUUUUCUAUUUUUGAGAACAGUAUUGAAAUUUUCCAUUAUAAUUGUUGUUUUCUCUGUUUCUCCUUGCAGUUCUAUCACUUUUUCUUAACCUCUGUCAUUUGGUGUAUAAUUGUUUCAUGGCCUUCAUGAAUUGAUCUGUUUAUGAUAUAAUCUCUUUAUCCCUGGUAUAAUAUUCUUUGCUUUGAAAUCUACUUUGUCUGAUACUAAGUCAGCUUUCUGUUGAUUUAUUUUACAUCCUUUUACUUUGGACCUAUUUGUGUCUGUAUACUUCAAGUAUGUUUCCUUUUGACAACAUAUCAUUAGGUCUUGUAUAUUUAUCCAAUCUGACAAGCUCAACCUUUUUAACUGGGGAGUUAUGGCAUUUAUAUUUAAUCUGAUUAUUGAUAUGAUUAGAUUUAAAUGUAUCAUAUUGCUGUGUGUUUUCUAUUUUUUCUGUUUUUGUUUGCUAUUUUUAUUUUGUUUGCUAUUAUUUAUAAUUAUAAUAAUAUAAUUAUAAAUAAUAAAAGCAAACUAAAAAUAGCAAGCAAAAACAUUAUAAAAGCAAACUAAAAAUAGCAAGCAAAAACAGAAAAACAACAAGCACAUCUAUGUUAUUUAUGUUACAAAUAAUAGCAAACAAAAUAGUAAUAUUAAUAUUAAAUAUUUAAAAAUAGGUAAUAAUACAUAAGUUUUUUUAUUUAUUUGCCUCAUCUGUCAUUUGUUCCCUUUUCUUCCUUCUUUUAUUAAACUCAUAGAAUGUGUGUGUGUAUGUCUGCAUGUGAGUGAAAUUCAAUAUUUUUCCUUUUUUGAUUAUUAGCUACAACUUUUUGUUUUGUUAUUUUAGUGGUUACUUUAGGGUUUAUAGUAUGCAUCUUUAUUUUAUCACAGUUUACCCUCAAGAUAUUAUACCACUUCACAUACAACAUAGUAUAAGAACCAUAUAAUAGUUUACUUCCAUUUUUCUCCUCCUUCCUAAUUAUUUCCCAGUAUUGAGUCAAGACCCUCCCUUCCAAGCACUCUUUCUUGUGACCUUAAGUUAGGUUUUCUAGUCUGGCUGGUAGGAACAGACACUAUUCUCAGUCCUCUGUCAAUAGAGCUCUGUUUCUUCCAGUCUGGUCUAAUGUUUCUUUCCCAAACCUCAGAUAGUUUCCUCACAUACAUGUGCUGGUAGACCUCUACUGAAAAUUUGGGGAAGACCCAUCUGCC